AGGAUUCAGGGAUUUGUUUUAAUUAAUUAAUUUAUUUAUUUUUUUUGCGUAAAUCAUGGUAUUUGUUUGGAAACUAAAUAAACAAUGCUCUCUGAUGGAGUCGACUAAUUCACAAAGAUGAGACUCGGAGGGAGUGAUCGACAACAUUCAAUGGUUCUUUGGUCCCCUCAGGUGGGACAAAGUCCGAUAAGCUGCACAAGUCUCACCCACUGAGCCCGAGAAGCGGUCACCUUCUGAAAUGAUGUCUGGUGGCGACGUGCGUGGUGCGCCAGCGUGCGUGUGAGUGACUGACCGAUAGCCUUUCUGAGAAAGAGAGAAAGAGCCUGGAUAUAAACAGCAGCCGGGAUUUCAGGCAGCGACAGCCAGACACUCACCGGCUCUCUCCCAGCUACUCACACCCAUGCAGGAUGCCCGGAGAGCGCCGGAGAGUCCUGGUCCAGCUCAGCCCGAGUUCAUGACGCUCUGGGCGGUCUCGUCAUGCGUCUCUUGCCCGAGCCCAGUGCCCAGUCCCUCCGACUCCUCUUCCUCUUUAUCUUCGUGAUGGGGGUGGCCCCUUCACCGGCUCUCACUGCCGGUUGCCCUGACAGAUGCGUGUGCGACGACCAGCUGGUGGUCCAGUGCGCUGGCCAGGAUCUUACCCAGUUUCCCAAUGACCUCCCCCUGGCCACCCGGCAGCUCAUAAUCUCGAACAACCGCAUCGGGGACCUACCGGCGCUGCAGCUCAACUACCUUUCCGAUCUGGUCUAUCUGGAUUGUAGCAACAACUCACUGACAGAAAUCUCCGAGUCCACUUUCGGGAACUUGAGGAAACUCGCUUAUCUGGACUUGUCAUUCAACAGCCUGCUGCAGAUCGAGGACCGGACUUUCGGGCCCCUAGCGUCUCUGGUGAUGCUUCGGCUGACGGAUAACCCGAGUCUGGGGGAGAUCCACCCGGAUGCCUUCGCAGAGAACAUGGCUCUGCAGGUGCUCGAUGUGAGCCGGAACAACCUGACGACCCUCAACAUUAGCAGCCUGAUCGCCCUGCCUGCUCUGAGGUCUCUGGGGCUCAGCGGCAACCCAUGGAGAUGCGACUGUGACACAGAGGACCUCUGCCUUUGGGUGCAGAUAGAGGGAUACAAGUUCCAAGAUGAGGGCCAGACAGUUUGCCACAACCCUCCGGAGCUGGCUGGCCAGCGGUUGGCGGAGGUCGGCAUGCAGUUGCGGGCAGAUUGCCACCAAGGCCUGGGCUACUGGGACUACCUCUUCUUCAUCGCCAUCGGCUUUGUCAUCUUCUCGGCCGGCACGGUGUCGGCUUGGGUGAUGGGCGUGCUCAUGGUGCUGUACGAACGCUACAGCAAGCGAAAGAGCGAGGAACUGGACAGCGAUGACGAGGACGAAAGGGGAGGGAUGGGUGGAGGUGGGGGAGGUGGAGGGGGUGGUGGGAACCAGGGGAAUGGUGAUCUGAGCAAGCCUGGCAUGCAAGUGUGACAGACUGAUGUGAAACAACAUUGGAAGAGGAAGAAAGAAAAGACAGAGAGGAGCAACUUGAAGUGAUGAGAGGAGUCUGAGACCAAAGGCUCUGCUAUGAACUAAGAUCUGCCUGUCUCUCUUUGUUACAGAUUUAGAUAUUGCAAUAUGCUCCUUAACAUAUAAGAAAGUGAGUGUGUAUGCGUAUGUGUUUGCGCGCGCGUGUGUGAGUGUGUGUCUGCGAGAGAGAAAGAGAGACAGACAGAGACAGCAAUAAGGAUGACUAUGCCUUCACUUCAGGAGAAACAGAACGACCUCUGAGAUUAUUGAGAGCAAUAACCCCCCCCCCCCACCACCACCACCACCACCACACACACACACACACACACACACACACACAUACACACAUACAUACAAACAAACAUACACACACACUUUGCACAGAUAGUCUACGGAGCUGCUGGUUUCUCUGAGUGGGUGGAUGUACCUUUAUACUAUAUGUAAAGUACUCUUCAGUAACACCCAGUAAAACAAGACACGUGAGUGACGCAUUCAAACACACACACACACACACACACACACACACACACACACACACACACACACACACACACACACACACACACACACACAGUAUAAUCAUACAAAAUACAUAAGAAGGUACUGGGAGUCACAACGAGAGCUUUGCCUUAUCUCCAAAGUUAAAGGGGGAUCUAGUUUCGUAUUUAAAUGUGAUUUUCCUGAAAGCCUUAAGGCAACUCACUUGAAAUAUUCUACAGUCACCGCUGUUUCCUAUAGACAGAAUCUGUCCACAGAGAACAAACACACAUUUUGGGUCAUAACAGAUCGAACAAUGUCAGACACUGUCAAAAUAAUGUGAAUGUACAAAAAAAGAACAAAGAGGUGGUCCAACUAAGCUUGCCGUGUUACUCUUAACAUUAAAAGGCACCCUGUGGAGCUGUCUAAAUGGUAAAUGGUGCUAUGGAGCAACAUUUUCUUUGGGACAUUUGUCAGUUUUGCUGUACUGGCUGACACAUAACGUGCUGAGGGUUUUAAGCAAAACUAGAAGGUUUCUAGUUAUCAAUGCAUGCCCAUGUCUUAAGUCGGCAGGUAUUUAUAUAAGUAUUUAUAUAAGCCUAGAGGAUAGAUGCAAAUGAAUUUAUUUGAAUGUAAAAAAAAUAACUCCCUUUGUUGACAAGAAAACUGCACAGGGUGCCUUUACAAAGCAACUUAACACCAGCUGAAAAUCAGACUUUGUGGUUACUAUAUCCAGACAGUAAUGCAAAUUUGUAGCCCAAUUUUUUCCGGAAUUCCUGACCAGAGACCUUUUGGAGUGUUGGGACCAAAAAUGUCUGCAAGAAUCUGAAACACUCUGUGACAUCUUGAGAAUGAGUUUCCACAACAUAUCCUUGAUGUUGACCUAAAGGAAAGCAAAACAAAGACAGAUUAAAAGAUGUUAAAGUGAAAUCACACAAGUUGUAAAAGACAGAACGGUUUCGACCCUUUUAAAAAGUACUACUCAAACAUUCUGGGAAAUGUGCUGAAUUAAUAGUGUUAAUUUCACCUAUUUAUUUGAAGGUAGCUACAGUUUCCCCAGUAUUUCACAAAAAUCUGAUGUUGUCAUUUCCUGCUGUUUCUUACUAGAGCGGAUGGUUCACUUGACAUUUAAAGACGUGCUUUUACGUGCCGUUGCCCCAACGUCUCCAACUCAGAUAGGGGCUGUGCAGAACAGUGACUGAGGUGCUUUUCAGCCUGAUGUUAAGUUGCUCCCAAAGCUCGUUUCUCUGUAAUAACAGACAGGAGAAGUCUACCUAUAGUGACACUAAGUGACUGUCAAAUCUCAUGUUUACUGUGUGUAUGUCUGACUUCAUGUUUCUGUGUGUACAGUAUAUGGUUUGCCACACCGUGAGUCGCGCUGCAGUAGUUGCUUGCCGUAGUCUCCAUCUUGCUAUUGUGCACGUGGGAGAAGUUUGUCUUUCUCUUUGUGGCAGGAUGCCUGUUGUGAAAGUCAGACAGUGUUUGUCAGGCUUUCACCCAGGAAGUCUGGAGUUUGAGCAAAGUAUUCAAUUAUUAUUUUAAACUUAAAGUCAAAGUUUAAUUAGUUGCAUUUGAGAAAAGAUGCUUUUGUUGGUUAAAUUACACAUUGCCACAACAUUAGCCACUUCUUAAGCUGUUUUCACACAUGCACUGCAGCCCUCAGCUUUUAUAGACUGACGGAGGUGAAUGUGAGAGUAUAAAGGUUUAACCCUGUCACAUCAAUCACUAUAUGCUCCCUUGUGUGUCUGUGUGAUGUCCAAUUGCACACGUGAGAAAAGCGUAGGCAACUGUGCGGUGAAUUGACCGUGAGCAAGUUGAUCUGCUGCUUCGUGCACGCUCUACCCUCAUAGCACCUAAGGCUAAUCUGCACAGAGUAUUCCUCUGUAGUAAGAAUUAUUU